UGUGUGAAUCUGAAUAAUUUAAACUUCAGAGCAUGUUGAAUCUGUCUGAAUCUGCAUAUUUGAUUUUCGGGGGACAUUUUAUUAGCUGCAAUAUUUUGGAAAAAAAACUAUCAAGCUCUCUGAGAAUAUGCAAGGCACACAAAAAAGCCCUGCUGUGAUCGGGAGUGAAAACUUAAGCUUGCAUUCAGGGAAAAGUAGCUGAAAAAUGUCUUCGGAAACACAAUCAGACAUAAAACCAGUCUCAUCUCAGCAGCUUCAUCAUUUUUUAUUUAACCGUCAGUUCACUUCAUUGGCUGUGUUCAUUUUGACACUUGACCUCAGAACAAGUCCGACUCGGCCGAGAGGAAGAGGAUCCACUGCUACGUGUAGAAAGAACUCCGCGGAUUUGAUCUGCUCUGUCGUGCUGUGCAGCCAUGGCGUAUUCUUCCUUAAGACGAUAUCAGCCAGAUUCUUCAAGGAACCACAGCCCAGGUGAAGAAAUGCGACUGGUGCUGGUUGGAAAAACAGGGAAUGGAAAGAGUGCGUCAGGAAACACCAUCCUCGGAUGGGAGGCUUUCGAUUCACAGCUCUCUCCAACUUCUGUCACGUUGGAGUGCAAAAAGGCCAGAGGGGUGGUGGACGGCCGCAGGGUCGCCGUGAUCGACACACCAGGAAUUUACGACACCAAAUACAAAGAGGCGGAGGUCAUCCAAAAAGUGAAGGAGUGCGUCUCCCUCUCCGCUCCCGGCCCUCACGUGUUCCUGAUCGUGGUGAAGCUGGGGAGGUUCACAGAGGAGGAGCAGAACACCGUCGAACUCCUGCAGCAGGUGUUUGGAUCCGAAGCUGCAAAUUACUCCAUGGUUCUCUUCACUCAGGGCGAUCAGCUGAAAAACACAACAAUAGAAGGAUACUUCAGUAAAUGUGGAAAACUGAGCCAUCUGAUUUCCAAGUGUAUGUGGCGGUAUCAUGUUUUCAACAACAUGUCCGCUGCCAGGAGUCAGGUGACCGAGUUUUUUAUAAAGAUAAAAAGUAUCAUCAGCGAUAACCAGGGGAAAUUUUACACCAACGCAAUGUUCCAGGAGGCUGAGAGAGCGAUCCAAGAGCAACAGAGGAUGAUUCAGGAGGCCACAGCGGAGCACAAACACAGAGAGGAGGAAAAACUCAGGAAGAUGCUUCAAGGGGAAGAACUGCAGGCGAUGCUCAAGAGACUCGAUGCCGAGUACGAGAAGAGCGCAAGAGAGAAGGCAGAAAAGAAAAACAAAUUUCUUAAAGGCGGCAUGAUAUUGACCACGGCAGAGGUGGGUGUUGCCAUCGGCGCCGCCGCCGCAGUCGCCGGGGGUCCGGUCUGCAUCGGGAUCGGAGCGGUGGUGGGAGGACUGGUCGGGGCGGUGGCGGGAGCAACGAUGCCGAUCGCAGCAGAAGCUCUGAAGAAGAAGUGCUCUGUACAGUAGAGAGCCGCUUCACUCAGGAAUGAAGACGCCUGAAAAACCUCAUAAAAUCUUCUUAAUCCCGUUUCAUAGUCAGCAUGCCAGUUUUAAUUGGACCUGAAGUAUGUCUGAGGUGAAUUAUUCUUUUUGUUCUGUCCUGCACUGCUUGGCCUUGCUGGAAUCUUCUGUGGCUGACAGUUUAUGAUCCUGACGGUGGAAAACAAAGCAGCAAGGCCGAAGCAACACUCCGAGCUCUUUUUCUUCUCUCACAUGUUUAUUGUUUCAUUUUCAUGUUGCACUUCACUGAUGGUUAUUGUUCACUCUCUUGGCAUCUGAAGCAAUAGAGCUACAAAUUAUAAAUACAUGACGGUCAUUAUGUAAUCAUCAUUUAGUCACCUCGUAUGUUUUCAUUUGUAAGAUAUUUCCUUACUUUUCAAACCACAGGUCAUUACUGACUAUUUCUCAGGGAAAAAAAACUACUGGUAAUAUUAAAAACUUUCAUCCGCAUUCUGUAGCUAAUAACAUUUUAUUAAAGAAAGGAAAUUCCUGUAUUUUAGUUGACAAAUUCAGGUAUGUGUUUGUCAUAAAGUUUACUUUUUUCUGAAGUGUGAGUUUAGAAUGGACAUGUAAUAUCAGUAAACUGAUGCCUUUGAAGGAAAAUGUAAUAAAACAUCCAACUGUUAAUAGUGAAAUAUGUGGACAGUUUGUUUUUGUGAAAAUGUUAUAAUUCA